UAUGUACAAACUGCUGUCCAGCUCAUCUGUCCAGUGUCGGGUUUCAGGUGUUCACUCAUAACCAUGGGGUGGGAAUUCCCCCCUCACCAGGGGGUUGAAGAGGAGGUGAUGAAACCCUGUGGGAGAUCUUCUACUUUACAACUUGUCAGAGACCCUUCACUGCUUCCAUAGAUCCAUCCUCACAGAGGUCACAGAUCACACCAAAUCUACAGAAACAGGAAAUCAGACUUCCUGAGUCCACUUUAAAUCCCAGAAACCUGUUUCCUUUACACAUCUCAUAUUGGCAAAGCCCUGUCUUAGCACAUUCAGUGUGGAGGCAGCUGUUGAAGAGGCUAGAAGGACUUCAUCCCUAAUUUCACAUGAGCUUUCUUGCAUCAAACUACUGAGAUGAAGGGAGCAAGGCUAUUUGUGCUGCUGGCCAGUAUAUGGAGUGGGGACUUUGGGCUCAACGCCACGACGCAAACUUGGAUUCCAUCUGAGGAUGCAAACUCCCAGAAGAAUAUGACCUCUGCUUCAGUUUCUCUAAAUAAAACACAAAGUCACCGAAUGCUGCCAACCACUCAGAUCUUGUCAGCUGAGAUGCCUACUGGGGCAGGGACCUCUGAAGACAGUGUCUUAAAAUCUGCAUUGUUUCCCUCAGAGACUGCAGUGCCUGAGGGCGUGAGCAAGGCAGCCCUUAGGGCUAUGGAGGAGACAGAAGAAAGGGUGCUGAAGGUGCAGACUCUUGCCCCACUGACCCAAUCUGGCGUUGAGUCAAGUCCUAGAGCAGAGUCAGUAGUCCUAUCCAACUCCACGCUGAAAUUUCUUCAGAGCUUCGCCAGAAAGUCGAAUCAACAAGUGACUUCUCUAAACUCAGUUGGCGGUGUGGGAAAUCGAUCCCCAUGGGAGACACAUGUCCUCAGCAGAGGAGACACCAAUGGAAGCCAGAGAAGCAACUCUCAAAAGUCCAGCUUUGAGACAACCAGAGGGAAGAACUGGUGUGCUUAUGUACAUACCAGAUUAUCUCCCACAGUGGCACUGGACAACCAAGUCACUUAUGUUCCAAGUGGGAGAGGGUCUUGUGGCUGGAACAGUGGAUUCUGUCCUCAGAGAUCUCAGAGGAUAUCAAAGCCUGUCUACAGGAUGCAACAUAAAAUUGUUACCUCAUUGGAGUGGAAGUGCUGUCCUGGGUUCAGUGGAGUGAAAUGUCAGCUCAAAGCCCAGGAACAGCAGCAGGUGCUGCACGCUCUCCAGGCUGAGAGUCACGCAGCUGUCGGCGGAGGGACAGCCCAGCAGCAGCCCCAACAGCAGCAGGAAGACUCUGGUAACUCAGCAGUGAUUCAAAAAAUGACUGACCAGAUGAACAACCAGGCAAUGAAACUGAGCCUUCUGCAGAAGAAGAUUGACAACAUUUCUUUGGCUGUAACUGAUGUAAGGAACACAUACUCCUCCCUAGAAGAGAAAAUCGAUGAAAAUAAAGGCAGGGAAUGUCAAUCUUUUCUAAAAGGUCUAAAAUCCAAAAGCAUUAAUGAGCUGGUAAAGGACAUAGUUAGACAACAAUUUAAAAUUUUCCAAAAUGACAUGGAAGAGACCAUAGCACAGCUCUUCAAGACUGUAUCAAAGCUAUCUGAGGACCUUGAAGACACCAAGCACACAAUUCAGCAAGUUAAUGAAUCGAUGGUGUCAAUAGCAAUCCAACAAAAGUCUGUUUUAAUGCAAGAAAAUAGGCCCACUUUGACUGAUAUAAUAGAUCUAAAAAAUCACAUUGUGAAUAUAAGACAAGAAAUGAAUUCUACAUGCGAGAAGCCUAUUAAAGAACUAGAAGCAAAGCAGACUCAUUUAGAAGAUGCUCUAGAAUUGCAGGACUCAAGGAACAUUCUGUAUUAUGAAUCCCUCAAUAAGACUCUUUUGAAAAUGAAGGAAGUACAUGAACAGCUUUUGUCAACUCAACAAGUAUCACAUCAGAACAGUGUUCCAGCUGCAGAAUCAGUUAGCAAUAAUGUCACUGAGUACCUGUCUACUCUUUAUGAGAAUAUAAGGAGGCAAGAUUUGAUGAUGUUGCAGAUGUUCGAUGAUUUGCACAUCCAAGACAGCAAGAUUAACAACCUCACCAUCACUUUGGAAAUGGAGAAAGAAUUUUUCAGGAAUGAAUGUAAAGACAUGGUAUCAAAGUGCAGAAAUGAUUUUAAAUUUCAAAUUAAGGAUGCAGAAGAGAAUUUACAAGUUUUAAACCAAACAUUGGCUGAGGUUCUCUUUCCCAUGGACAAUAAAAUGGACAAAAUGAAUGAGCAACUAAAUGAUUUGACUUAUGAUAUGGAGAUCCUUCAACCCUUGCUUGAGCAGGGAAUAGAACAACCAAAAGAAGCAAAAGCAACAAGGAAAAAAGUGGAAAGUCUAACUAGUGCUGUCAAUGUUCUAAAUUCUCUUAUCAGAGAACUUACCAAAAGACAUAACUUACUUAGAAAUGAAGUACAGAGUCAAAGUGAUGCCUUAGAUAGACGUAUCAAUGAACAUACCUUAGAAAUGGAAGAUGGCCUAAAUAAGACAAUGACUAUCAUAAAUAAUGCAGUUGAUUUCAUUCAGGAUAACUACAUGUUAAAAGAAACUUUAAGUACAAUAAAGUGCAGUCCCAAGGACUAUGAUAAUUGUAGCCAAAAUAUGGAAACUAUUUUGACAUUUAUUCCUCAAUUCCAACAUUUGAAUGAUUCUAUUCAGGAUUUAGUGAAUGAUAAUCAGAGAUAUGACUUUGUUUUGCAAGUUGCCAAGGCCCUUGCAGAUAUUCUUAAAGGUGGAGAACUAAGUCAGUUCAACUUUCAAACGAUUUACCAAAUAGUCAAUGAAACCACUUCCCAGCUGAUAAAAUACCAGAAAAAUAUUAGUCUUUUGGAGGAAAAAAUGCUCUCAGCCACAAAGAUUUCAAAAAAUUUUGAAAUUCGGUUGCAUGACAUUGAGUCUAAAGUGACCAAGAUGCUCAUACCUUAUGUUUCACUACAAAGAGGCAGUGUGGCCACAAAUAGGAGAGACCAGGCUGUUCAACUGCAGGUAUUGAAUUCUAGAUUCAAGGCACUGGAAGAAAAAUCUAUUCAUCUCUCAAUUAACUUUUCUUUACUUAACAAAACUCUCCAUGAAACUGUAAUGAUGUGUCAUACUGCUUCUGCACGCAUCUCAAAACUGAAUGCUACCAUACCUAAGUGGAUAAAUGGUUCCCUACAAGAUGCUCAGCUUCUUCAGGAAGGUCUUAGAGAAUUUGUAGAAUCAGUAAUUGAAAUAAAAACUCAAAUUGCUCUAUCUAAUUUAACUUGGUAUAUAAAUCAAUCAUUGUCUAGUAGGCUUGCAAAUUUUUUCAAGUCUCAGAAGCAAGUAAAAUCAUUGCUGAAGAAACCCAAUGCACUUAAGAAAUCAGCAGUGAAUGUUACCACUGUCCUGAUUGGACGAACCCAAAGAAACACAGAAAACGUUCUAUCUCCUGUAACAGAGGAAGUAUGUAGAGGGUCCCCAUGCCAGAACGGGGGCACGUGUAUAAACGGAAGAACUAGCUUCAUCUGUGCUUGCCGGCAUCCCUUCACUGGUCACAACUGCACCGUCAAGGCAGUGGAAGAAAAUGCUUUAGCUCCAGAUUUUUCCAAAGGAUCUUACAGAUAUGCACCGAUGGUGGCAUUUUUUGCAUCUCACACGUAUGGCAUGACGACACCUGGCCCUAUUCUGUUUAAUAAUUUGGAUGUCAAUUAUGGAUCUUCAUAUACUCCAAGAACUGGAAAAUUCAGAAUUCCAUAUCUUGGGGUGUAUGUUUUUAAGUAUACCAUUGAGUCAUUUAGUGAUCAUAUCUCUGGAUUUUUAGUGGUUGAUGGAAGAGACAAGCUUGCAUUUGAAUCUGAAAAUAUUAACAGUGAAAUACAUUAUGAUAGGGUUUUGACUGGGGAUGCCUUACUGGAAUUAAAUUAUGGGCAGGAAGUGUGGCUACGACUUGUAAAAGGAACAAUUCCGGUCAGGUAUCCCCCAGCUACUACCUUUAGUGGUUACUUGUUGUACCGUACAUAAGUUAGUAUGAAAGAUCGACUCUCACCCCUCCUGAGAGGCAGCCAGUGUUUUCAUUUACCUCUGCAUGUACAUCUGCUCUGUUUGUAGUUCUUCUACACAACACAAAAAUCAACUUUUUAAAUCUGAGUACGGCUAUAAGUUUAUCUCAUAAAAUUAUUUGAUAUCUUUUAGAUAACCUGACUAUGAAGGAGUCCUAACGAGAUGUAGAGGCACAGGAAACAAAGCACAUGUGUUAUCAUAACUAUUUUGGGGGCAUGUUAAGUCAUUUCAAUGUAAAGUAAUAGAAACGGUAAUCGCUCAAUAUUAUCACAGUAGUCUUUCCAAUAAAACAUUAACUUGUGUUAUUCUCUGAAUAUAUAAAUAUUAAGAUAUAUUUCUUGACAUCACAAAUUCAAACACAUUUCUCA